UCUCUCUCUCAAGAAUCAGUCUCUCCUCUUUUUAUUCCCUUCAACAUCUCAACCUUUUGACAUUUUUAUUUCUUCUCUCCAUCUCUCAAUCCCUUAUCUUUUGGCUAAUUUCAUUUCUCUCAUAAAUCUUUUUAAUUUCCAUGUUCAUCACUUAGCUCAAACUGAUUUUCAGCUGAAAAAGUGAUGACAGGUCCAAACAUGGCAGCCAUUACAGCAUCAUUAGAAAGGUCUCUUCAAAACUGUUCAUUAGAUCAUCAUCUUCCUCAUCAAACUAUGGGAGUUUUUGGGGAAAGAUCGUCAAGUUCUGAUCAUCAUCAUCAUCAUCAUCAUGUUCAUGAUCAUAGUAACAAUAAUAAUCUACAGAUUAGUAACUCUUCAUCAUCUGACACAACUUUGGAGCUCAACUCCCAUGUCUCUCUUCCUUGCCACUGGGAACAAUGUCUUGAUUUAAAGACAGGGGAGAUAUAUUACAUAAACUGGAGAAAUGGAAUGAAAGCAAAAGAAGAUCCAAGAGAAAUAACACAAGAAUACAAUGGAGAUUACUACUACACAGAAGAAGAAGAUAAUGAAGACGACAGCUCAUGUGACAGUGAAGAGUCAUCAUCAGAAUCUUCACCUUCACCUUGCUCGACGUUCAAUAAUAAUAAUAAUAAUAAUAAUAGAGUGCAGCAGCAAAAAGAAGAUCAUGUGUUGGUAGUAGGUGGCUGCAAGAGCUGCUUAAUGUACUUCAUGGUCCCUAAACAAGUUCAAGAUUGCCCCAAAUGUAACGGUCAUCUUCUCCACUUUGAUAGAUCUGAUAGUAAUCCCUCUCCUUGAAUUUCAUUGUGAUUUUCUUAGUGUUCAUCAUGAAAUGCGUGGAAAAUAUUAGUUUAUUUCUUCUUCUUACAUUUUCUUUGUUGUUUAGCUGGAUGAGUGCAUGCCAUUGAAGUCUCCGAGGUGAGUUCUUUAGCUUAGAGGGGAGACUCAAAUUCAAAGAAUUUUUUUUAGCCUUAGGAAUAUGAUUGGGACGUGUGGGUUGUUUUCUUGUUGAAUUAAUUUGAUGCUGUUUUAAGAAUGGCUGUAAAAUUGCUUCAUUUUCAUUUCAUCUACCGUUAGUAGUAUUUGUUUAUA